AUGCCUAUCAAAACCAUAUUUCUUAUGGGAGCUCCGUUACCUGGGAGUCUGGAUUGGGACCACGAUGAGCUUCUCGACAGGCCCACGCCACCAUUUCAAGAUUCACAGGCCGACUGCCGGCCAUCAUCUGACUAUAACACUGUGAAAUGGCGAGUCCUCCAGCCUUUGUCAUCGAUCAAGAUCAACAAUCAGCAUGCCUCUUACUUUGGGUCUGAAGACCCUGGCUUUGUGACCACCCAUCAGCUGCUCAAGGCCGACACUACAUCAAUUAGCACAGAGGAUUCAAUUCUGUCUCAGUUCUACCGUCAUUCAUUCAACAUCCACGAAACGUCAGAAAUAGGGUCGCGGGAUGAAGACUCAACGCAGGCAAGCGGGUCGUUGUUGGACAGCGUCAAGAAAUGUACAGCCUCUCUAUCCCAAGAAAUAUCGAAUCCAACAGCUCCUCGGAUUAGUGGUCCUCUUCGUGACCUGCAGGAUAUUCCAACGGCAAAAUAUCUUCAGUCCAUUGCACCACAGACAAUGACAGUCAAUGUGAUCGUUGGAAUCAUUGCAGUUCAUGCACCCCGCCGCAUAGUAACACGACAGUGGAAGAAGGAACUCGAUAUCAUUGAAUUAGUAGUUGGAGAUGAGACGAGUUCUGGAUUUGGCAUCAACUUCUGGUUGUCCCCAGAUAAGCUGGACCGACUUGCUCAAUCAUUGGCCACCCUCCAACCCCAAGAUAUUAUCCUCCUGCGAACAGUAGCACUCGGAUCAUUCCGUGAUCGGGUCUAUGGACAAAGUCUGCGCGGUGGAAUGACCCAAGUUGACAUCUUAAACCGACGGCCGGUGGAUACGACGGAUGCGGGUGGGUUCUACCAAGUGAUCCCACCGAACUGUGGCCACGACGAUCUGCCGAAGAAACUUCGCAGAGUACGAGAAUGGGUUCUCCAAUUUGUAGGGAUGGAUCGAGUAGGCGGUAUCGUGGCAGGAAUGCAUGAGAUACAAAAGCAUCGGCUGCCCCCGGACACACAAUGA